AUAGAUAAAAAAUAUUAGUUCGUCAGUGUUAUUAGCCGGCAUUAGACCUGUUAUUUUUUAUUGUGAUUUUAAUAGCGCAUCACUCUAUCAGUGUGAUGUAAUAAAGGUCUUGAACUGUCGUUCAUUCACCAACAUAUCAGUUAAAAAAAAUAAAAUUUAUUCAAUCGGAGGGGUUAGUAGAGAUCUUCAAGAUGGUGAAAGCGGUGGCAGUAAUCACCAUCAGCGACACUUGUUUCAAAGACAACUCUAAAGACACGUCGGGACCAGCAUUGGCAGACUAUGUCAGGGAAUUAUUCCCUGAGGCGAAUCUCCAUACAAUCAUCAUUCCUGAUGAAAAGGAAAUCAUUGAGAGGGAGCUCAAAUACUUUUGUGAAACAAAUCUAGAUCUGGUGUUGACCACAGGAGGGACAGGGCUGACCCCUAGAGAUGUGACCCCUGAGGCAACAAAAGCUAUCAUACAGAGAGAAGUGCCAGGAAUCACUACUGCAAUAACUCUAGCAAGUUUGAAGAAGACACCCAUGGCCCAACUAUCUAGGGCCGUUGCUGGAGUCAGAGAGAAAACCCUAAUCAUUAAUUUCCCUGGCAGUAAGAAGGCAGUAACUGAAUGCUUUGAGGUAGUGAAGCCUAUCCUACCUCACGCCAUUUCCUUGAUACACAAUGAAGUGGUUGAAGUCAGCUAUAUUCACAACUCUAUGCAGUUCAACCACACUUGUAAGCACAGCAGUAAUGUAGAUAUAUCUAAGGUGGCUCUAAGACCUAGGGAGUCUCCAUUCCCCAUGGUGGAAAUGUCAGAAGCCUGGAAGAUGGUUGAUGAUGUGAUGUCUGAGUGGACGGAGAGGCUGGAGAUAGUGACCAUUGAAGAGGGACUCGGCAGAGUUGUGGCACAAACUCUUCAUGCUAAGGAACCUAUGCCACCAUUCCCUGCAUCUGUUAAAGAUGGAUACGCGUGUCUAAGUAUAGACGGCGCUGGAGUGCGUCGCGUACGCACCGCGGUUACUGCGGGGGAUGCACCGACUGCGCCGCUGUGCGCGGGCGAGUGUGCGCGAGUCAACACUGGCGCCGCAUUACCUGCGGGAGCUGACUGUGUUGUGCAGGUGGAGGACACUAGACUGGUUUCAGCAUCUGAAGACGGGCAAACAGAGCUGGAGGUAGAGAUCCUGAAGGCACCUGAGCCACAGCAAGAUGUGAGGAAUGUCGGCUUCGACAUCCCCAUGGGAACAGUACUCGUUGACAAAGGCCAAGUACUAGAUUCAGCUAAAAUCGGAAUACUGGCCGGCGCUGGCUAUCAAAAUGUUACCGUGCGGGUACCUCCCAAGGUGGCGUUACUAUCGACCGGUAAUGAGCUGCAAGAGCCAUCGGAAGUGAAACUCAAACCGGCGCACAUUCGAGACUCUAAUAGGACCAUGCUGAGAAUGUUACUCAAAGAGCACGGCUACGACAGCAUAGACUGCGGCAUCGCGCGUGACUCUCCGCCGGAGAUAGUGGCAGGCAUCGCUGCGGCACUCAAACUGGCUGACGUGCUCGUCUGCACCGGCGGCGUCUCCAUGGGGGAGAAGGAUCUGCUCAAACCUGUGCUACUCAAGGACUUCAACGCCACCUUGCACUUUGGGCGCGUGCGCAUGAAACCAGGCAAGCCGUGCACCUUCGCCACCUGCGAGUUCGAGGGCAAGAAGAAGUACAUCUUUGCUUUACCUGGUAACCCGGUGUCGGCGUACGUGUGCGCGCUCGUGUUCGUGGUGCGCGCGCUGCGGCGGGCGCAGUGCGCGCGCGCCGCCUGGCCGCGCCUGCGCCUGCGCCUGGCGCACGGCGCGCAGCUCGACGCGCGCCCCGAGUACGCGCGCGCCACGCUCGAACUGCACGCUGACAGGGACAUGCCUUACGCGACUAUGCUUGGCAGCCAGUGCAGCAGUCGGUUACUGAGUGCGUGCGGUGCUAACAUACUACUGGAGCUACCGGCCGCCACGCCCUCCCUGCAGCGACUGCCCGCCGGAGCCAUCGUACCAGCACUCGUCACAGGCAGGCUCGACAUCUACUCUUAGAACUUAGCUUUACUAUCAACCUAUAGCUUUAUUGUAAACCUUAUUGCCACGAGACAAACUUAUAUUUUCUUUACCUUCUAUAAAGAUUGCCACGGGAAGUUCAACCUUAAGUUACGAGGAAAAUAAAUAAUCCUUAUAAUGUUUCUUUGCUAAAGGGAGGUUUGAAAAGCUACUAUAAUAUUGCCAUCACCUGUUAAUAAUCUCAAUUAUCGUACUUAAAGUCUCAUACAUAAGGCAUGUUUUUGUGCUUUAUGAAUCUCAAAACAUGCGAAUUAUAAUAUAAUAAUAGAUAGAUAGAUCAAUAGAUGUAAGUGAAGAAUUUGUACACUAUUUUUAGAAAUAUUAUUUAAGCAUGAAUGAAGUGUUAAUAUGAGCAAGUAUAGUUUUAUAUGACAUACAAUACAUAGUCGAGACUGUUGAGUAAAAGAAUAUUACCUGUGUGGUAAUUAUUGUUGGUGCUGUUUGUUAGAAAUGUUACUUUAUCAAUAAAUUGUUUUAAUUAAGUUGC